UGCAGCCCUCUCUGGGCACUUCCAAAAAAGGCAGUAUAAAAUCGUUCAAAAUCAAAACCCCUCAUCAUCAAUGCUUGUUCCAGUUCCAAUAAUUCGCUCGUCUUCUUUUUCCACAUGCCCAGCAGCAUCCUUGUUCAGCUUUCUGCAAUUUCAUCAUCAUUUCAUGUUGCACUAAACCACCAGUUACGUUCGCACGCGACACUGAACUUUGCUAAAGUUUGAGCAGAAGUAACACCCCCCCCCCCCCGGGGCGCGCGCGCUGGCACAAAGAGUGUUUAAUUAUUAAGUUGGUGGGAAGUCUGGGAAUCGAUAUUGAUGCUCGCGGUGUCACCAUUGAGGGGAACCAAAGAUGAAAUUAAAAGCCAAGGAGAGAUGGGUGUUUUCUCAUCAAUCGUCGGUGAAGAUGACGGGUUUGGAGAAUUUUGUGAUGGGAAUCUAUUGGAAAACAUCAAUUUUGACGAUCUUUUUGUCGGCAUCAACGUCGCCGGAGAUGUGUUGCCGGAUUUGGAGAUGGGCCCGGAAAUCCUCUCCGAGUUUUCCAUGGAGUCGUCGGAGAACAUGAACUCAUCCUCGCUUUCUAUGGAAAAUAAUGAUAAUAGAGGUGAUCAACACCAGAACAGUAUUAUAACUGGGGAGGAGGAGGAUUGUGAUAAAAGCUCUUCAGCUUCGGCCUCAAAUUCUGGGUCAAGCCGAGCAGCAGAAGAGAUAGUGAACAAAAGAGACGAUGAAUGUACGGCGGCGGCGACGCUGAAGCCAUCGACGAAGAACAGUGAGCAAAAGGGAAGAAAAUCAUCAGCCCAAUCCAAAAAUUCACAAGGGAAGAGAAAGGUGAAGGUGGACUGGACCCCAGAAUUACACAGGCGAUUCGUGCAAGCAGUGGAGCAGCUUGGAGUGGACAAGGCAGUUCCUUCCAAAAUCUUAGAGAUUAUGGGAAUUGCUUGUUUAACUCGCCACAACAUCGCCAGCCACCUCCAAAAAUAUCGAUCGCAUAGGAAGCAUUUGCUGGCGCGUGAAGCAGAAGCAGCGAGGUGGAAUAAGAGGAGAGAGGUAAGGCCAUGGGCAGCGCCACCCACCAUGGGAUUCCCUCAGAUGGCUCCUCCGUCAACAUGGACGAUGCCCCAAUAUUUUAGGCCCUUACACGUAUGGGGCCAUCCCACGAUGGACCCCUACUCCUUCAUGCCCCACUGGCCUAAACAACAUCAUCAUCUUCCACAUUCAAUGUCGCAGCCGCCGCCGCCGCCGCCCCCAGCCUGGCUAUACCCAGUCGCUCCGCCACCUUCAGACCCUUCAUUAUGGCAGCCUCACCACCAGCAGGCUGAUUCAAAAGCACUAACCCCAGGAACAGGAACAUACUGCUUUCCACCUCCAACACCUCUGACUGCGACGGGAUUUGGAUCUCCUCCUGUCCCUGGCAUUCCACCCCACGGCAUGUUCACGGCAGAUCCCGACAUCGGAUCUCCCGCCGGCGGGCAACCCCCCGGCCCAUGGUCCGUCUGUGACUUCCACCCGUCCGAGGAAAGCGUAGAUGCAGCUCUUGGAGAUGUUUUAUCAAAACCAUCGCUGCCACUUCCCCUGGGCCUGAAGGCCCCGGCGCUUGAUAGUGUGUUGAGUGAAUUAAAGAGACAAGGAAUUCCCAAGAUUCCUCCCUCUCCUGCUUGACCAUCCAAACCCUAAUUCGACGACUUCUCAUCAUUUCUUUAAUUACAUGCUCAUGUAACAUCUCAAUAUAUAUAUAUUAUAAUUACGAACCAUGCUUCAUUCUUCAUCGAUAUUUCCCCCUCUGCAUAAGUGGGGCAAAAAGUGUAUGAAUGGUAUUAAAAGGUAAAUAAGCUAUAUUAUAAUGUUAUAUACUA